AUGCACGGCCUGUGCCCGCUCCUGCUGCUCCUCGCCGCGCUCUGCCCGCCCGCCUGCGGCCGCCGCGAUGCGCCCGCCAGGAUCGCCGUGGUGGGCGGCGGGAUCGGCGGCUCGGCCGCCGCGUAUUUCCUGCGGCAGAAGUUCGGCCCGGGCGUGCGGCUGGACGUGCUGGAGAAGGCGGCGGUGGGCGGCCGGCUGGCCACGCUGGACGUCGAGGGGGCCGCCUACGAGGCCGGGGGGUCCAUCAUCCACCCCCUCAACCUGCACAUGAAGCACUUUGUCAAGGAAUUGGGCCUCUCAGCCGCCCCAGUCCCGGGCAGCCUCGCUGGCGUUUACAACGGGGAGGAGUUUGUGUUUGAGGAGAGCAGCUGGUACAUCAUCAACGUCCUCAAGCAGCUCUGGCACUAUGGGCUCAACCCCCUGCGCAUGUCCAUGUGGGUGGAGGACAUCCUGGACAAGUUCAUGAGGAUCUAUCGCUACCAGAUGCACGACUACGCCUUCAGCAGCAAUGAGCAGCUGGUGCACGCCCUGGGAGGGGACGACUUCAUGCGGAUGCUGAACCAGAGCAUCGAUGAGGCCCUGCAGAGAGCGGGGUUCUCCCAAAAAUUCAUCAACGAGGUCAUCUGUCCGGUCAUGAGGGUUAACUAUGGGCAAGGAGUCAACAUCAAUGCCUUUGUAGGUGCUGUUUCUCUGGCCGGGGUGCAGUCGGGUCUUUGGUCUGUGAAAGGGGGGAACAAACUCGUCUGCCCCGGCCUCCUCUAUGCCUCCAAGGCUGACGUUAUCCCUGGAACAGUUGUGUCCAUAGAGCCAAAAAUCAGACCCAGGCCCAGUGGAGAUCCUGUGAAGCUGUACCAGGUCACCUACAACACGUCCUCAGGGCUGACAGGGGACACGUACGACAUGGUCAUCAUCGCUGCUCCCCUGGGCCGCAGCAUGGCCAACAUCACCUUCAAGAACUUCGACCCUCCCGUCCCGGAAUUCCUAAAUCCCUACCACCAGACUGUCACCACCCUGGUGCACGGGCGGUUAAACACCUCUUUCUUUGGCUACCAGGACCCACAGGCCUUUCACUUGGGCGGCAUCUUCACCACGGAGAACCCCAAGCUGUUCAUCAACAGCCUGGGGGUGGUGCACCCCGUGGGGGACGCCACUGGGGACGGGAAGCUACCGUUGGAAUCAGCCAUCUGGAAGAUAUUUUCCAACGAAGUGCUCACCAAGGAGCAGCUCACCCUGCUCUUCUCCUCGUACGACUCGGUCAAGGUGAAGUCGUGGUUGGCGUAUCCCCAGUACAGCCCUCCCGAGAAAUGCCCCCCCAUCAUCCUGCACGACCACGUGUACUACCUGAACGGGCUGGAGCGGGCGGCCAGCGCCAUGGAGAUGUGUGCCAUCGCCGCCAGGAACGCCGCCCUCCUCGCCUUCCACCGCUGGCACGGCCGCUCCGACAGGAUCGACCAGGAGGGCCUGCACGAGAAGCUCAAAACGGAGCUCUGACCCCCCGGGGCCGUGGGGUUCGUUAACACUAACGAACAGGAACUCCCUGCUGAGCACACCCAGGGUGUUCUGUACAAUUGUGGGAUAGGUUUGGAAAAGGCUUUUAAGAUCGUCGAGUCCAAUGUCUGACAACACCACCACCAUGGGAAAGACCUUCAAGAGCAUCAAGUCCAACACCAC